UGUUUAUUUUUUAUAAUUAUAGUUAUAUUAACAUAACACAGAUCAACACAAAUGCACAUGGGUUAGCAGGAUUUUUGUAUAUACAAAGGGUGUGCGCGCACAUAUUGAGGCAACAAAAACAAUUGUAGUUGACCAUCCAUGGCCAUCUGAAGUUCACUCUCCAAUAUGCAGCAGUUCCUCUUUGAUGCCUCCAUCCUUUCCACUGAACAUACACAUACAUAGUGAUAACAUCUAUAGGUAGAUGAAGAUGAAGGCAGAGACAGUAACUUUGAUGCUGGUGAAUCUGGCUGGUAUUAUGCAGAGAGCGGAUGAGUCGUUGCUGCCAGGAGUAUAUAAAGAGGUUGGUGCUGAACUCAAUGCUGACCCAACUGCGUUAGGUUCACUUACUCUUUUCCGAUCCCUUGUUCAAUCUUUGUGUUACCCUCUCGCUGCUUACCUUGCCACGCGUCACAAUCGUGCACAUGUGAUUGCUCUCGGUGCUUUUCUUUGGGCUGCUGCCACUUUCCUCGUCGCCAUUUCCUCCACCUUCUUACAGGUGGCAAUUUCAAGAGGUUUAAAUGGCAUCGGACUCGCCAUUGUAAUUCCGGCAAUUCAGUCUCUAGUUGCAGACUCCACAAUUGAUAGCAACCGUGGUGUGGCUUUUGGGUGGCUGCAACUAACAGGAAACCUCGGAAGCAUUAUCGGUGGUCUCUUCUCAGUACUACUAGCCUCAACAUCAAUCUUAGGCAUAUCUGGUUGGAGAAUAGCUUUUCAUCUGGUUGCAUUGAUUAGUGUCAUAGUUGGUGUAUUAGUACGCAUCUACGCUAAUGAUCCACACUUUCCAAACAACGUCGACAAACCUACAUCAUAUCAAACUCCAAAACAGCCCUUUUAUUCUGAAAUGAAAGAUCUAAUAAAAGAAGCCAAGUCUGUUAUUAAAAUUCCAUCAUUUCAGAUAAUUGUGGCUCAGGGAGUAUUCGGAUCAUUCCCAUGGUCAGGUUUGUCAUUCGCCACUCUUUGGUUAGAGCUAAUAGGCUUCUCACAUGGUACAACGGCAAUUCUUUGGACCUUAUUUAUAAUUUCUGCUUCAUUGGGGGCUCUGUUUGGAGGAUGGUUUGGAGAUUUUUUAUCCCUACGGUUACCAAACACCGGAAGAAUAAUGUUGUCGCAAAUAAGCGCUGGUUCAGCCGUUCCUCUAGCAGCAAUUUUGCUGUUGGCACUGCCCGAUGAUCCAUCCACGGCCUUCAUGCAUGGCCUUGUUUUAGUCAUCAUGGGAUUCGCUACGGCCUGGAAUGCUCCAGCAACUAACAAUCCAAUAUUUGCAGAAAUAGUUCCUGAGAAGUCGCGGACAGCUAUAUAUGCUUUGGAUCAAUCUUUUGAGUCUAUAUUGCAGUCAUUUGCUCCUCCUUUUGUUGGAUUAUUGGCUCAACAUGUGUUUGGUUAUAGACCAGUUCCAAAAGGAUCCUCAGAUUCCGUCGAAAUCGAAACAGACAGGAAAAAUGCAGCAUCACUCUCGAAGGCACUUUGUAUUGUUUUUGUAAUUCCUUUGACACUAUGUGUCUGCAUCUACUCAUUCCUUUACUGCUCAUAUCCGAGAGACAGAGACCGGGCAAGAAUGGUCGCAUUAGAGGAAUCAGAAAUGCAACAACUAGAGGUGGAAGAUUGCACAAGAGAAAGAGGAGACUGUUGUGAAAUCCAUGUUUUAGAAUCAAAUGAACUGAAUGGUAAAGAAAGUAGCAAGAUUGAAGAUAUAGAUUAUCCAAGGGAUGAGAACAUAGACUUAGAUGAUAAUGAUGAGAAAGUUUUGUUGUCCAGGUAGUUUACAUUUGCAAGGAAUUGUGGAGCCUUAUUAAACAAUUCAAGUCAUUUGCAAGGAAUUGUGGAGCCUUAUUAAACAAUUCAAGCCAUUUGAUCUGGUGUUGGGAUCCUCUCUAUUUCUCAAAGAAACUGAGGGUUCCAUUUAGAUAGGAAAAUAGAAAUACUUCAUGCUAUGGCUUUUCAGAUUUUUUUUUUUGUCACGAAUAAGAGGGUUGAGGGUUGAAGGAGUUUUCUGGUUUAUGCAUUUGCAUCAAAUUUUUUUAAGGGUUAAUAGUACUUUACCCCCUGUAAUAUGAGCGUGUUUCGUUUUAUCCCCCUACCGUUGUCAAAGGUAGGUUUUGGCAACGGUUUUUUUGAAAAAACCGUUGCCAAAAGGUAGGGAGGGGGGAAAAGCAAAAUUCGCUAACAUUACAGGAGGGUGAAGUACUAUUAACCCUUUUUUUAAAUUGGUGGGGUGAAUCGAACUUACCUUAAAGUUCACCACAUGCAGUGUCAUCUUUUUUUUUUUUCUCUUCAUGUUCGUGUUUUGCAAGAGAUCUCAAACACGAGAUUUAACAUAAAAUAAAACUUAUAAAACUAACAUGUGUGUUUUAUUAUUUAUAGCAUUCUCUCAAGUUGGUAAAUGAAUAUCAACCAUUUCAUAUUUGUAGAUAAUUUGGUGGAACGACUCAGUUGA